AUGGACCGGCACUAUGGUCAGAUUGGCUCAGAUUGGACGCCUAAUGGCGCAAUUUGGGCCAAGCAUCGCUACACGGGCCACCAUGUCGCUUGGGAACUUGUUGAUAAAGCCAGCAACUCCGAAUAUCAACAAUACCGGUUCGCACGUGUUCACCUCGAUUCUGAGCUAUAUCACUGCGCGCUUGGCGGUCUCUGGGCGGUCGCCAAGCCGACACCGGUGUUAAUCCUCGCUGCAGAUCCCUGGCUUGGCAUCGUAGCCCAAUCUGGCAGCACCCAGGCGCAAUCGAGGUCAUCCAUCGUCAACACAACACCUCAACAACGGAACCCGACCUGUGAGACGGGCAACUCUAACCCUGCCAUUUUGGUCUUGCAAGAUCCCGUCAUCCUGAUCAAUAGCUCUCCCUACUACCUACACAGCAGCCAGUCGGCGGGCAACGAUACUACGUACGCAGUCUCACAGUCUCACACAGCUCAGCUUCAACCCACUGGCGGCAACAGCGAGCCAAAGUCUUGUGUCAAACCGCCAAGACGGGGGCUUACCUUAGCAGGAGAUUGCCCACCAUCGCGAGCUCGCUGCAGGGCAUCGUCCAGUCCAGGGCAGCUCAACGAGGGGACCGGGCUUGUCAAGGAACUAGGUCGCCCUGCGAGGGGAGGCCUGGAAAUACGCAAUGUCCCAAGCUUCUACAGGCCCCCAACCAGCUACCAUGUAACAAUCCCACGCUGCAAGGGCGCGCAAUUCGAACCCGCCGACGGCUCCGGACAACUUAAUCAUGGCGAUCUGCGCUUCCAAGAACCUAGCAGCCAAACCUUUCUUUUACGCACACGAGUAAUGACUAUCGGUCUGCCUGGCACGACUUGGCAUCAAUCUUAA